GAAGCCAUAGAUCAUGGCAAGCAAGACUCCCAGUGAGAGUGUGGAUAGUGAGCUGUGCUGCUCCAUCUGCCUGGGCACGUUCGUCUGCCCCGCCUCGCUGAGCUGCGGACACUCGUUCUGCCUCCGGUGCCUGGAGGCAGCCUGGGAGACGGCGAGCAGCUUCAGAUGCCAGCAGUGCCGAGUGACCUUCCCUGUGCGACCCCAGCUGAGGAGGAACGUGGCCCUCGGCAACCUGGCAGAGCAGCUCAGAGUUGGAGACGGGAUGGACACGGCCGUCGUGUGUGACAACUGCAGGGACGGCCAGACUCCUGCAGUGAAGACCUGCGUGACAUGCGAGACAUCGUACUGUGCAACGCACUUGAGGCCUCACUUGGAGAAUCCCAGGUUGAGAGAACACCUCCUGGUGGCUCCCAUUGCGAACCUGGAACAGCGAAUGUGUCGGGAGCACAUACAGGAGCUCAUUCUUUACUGUGAACAAGAUGAUAGCCCGGUCUGCCCUGUCUGCCACGUCGCAGGAGACCACUCUGGGCACAGGUUCAUCACAGUGGAAAAAGCACAACAGACAAGACAGGAGAAGCUCAGAAUCAAGAAGGAGGGGAAAGAGGCGAAGAGGAACACGGCGGCGUCACGGGCACUGACACUCAGGGAUGACUACCGGCGCGUGGAGGUGUAUGUGCGUGGGACCAAGGCGCGGAUCAGCCGAGAGUUUGAGCGCCGGAGGGAGCAGCUGAGGGUGGAGGAGAGGGAGGCGCUGGAGCACGUGGACGAGGAGGGCCACUCCGUGCUGUCCCGCAUCCAGGUAGACAUCGCUCGCUACGAGAGCAAAGCACGCGGCCUGGAGCAGGAGAUCAACCAGCUGCUCGCCGCCCUCGCCGUGCAGGACCCACUCUCCUUCCUGCAGGAUCCCCUGCAUGAGAGUCUCAGGAAAUCGGACUCGCAUGGGAUCCAGGAUGCGCCUCCUGCCACAUUCAGUCACCAAGAGCUCACAGAGGUCAUCUCGCUAGGAGGAGUGUAUACGAAGCGCAUGGCUCUCGUGUAUGGACGCUCACCAACUUUGGACACAAACUCAGCCAACGACCACCUCAAGAUUUCCUCGGACCUUAGGACGGUGACGUGGAGCGAUGUCCCGCAGCGUCGCCCCCAUCACCCACAUCGUUUUGAGUACCAGUGCCAAGCGCUGUGCUCUGAGAGGUUCUCGUCGGGUCAGCACUACUGGGAGGUGGACGUGGGGAGCGCGUGGGGGUGUCGGGUUGGAGUCGCGUACGGGACGAUCCCACGGAGAGGGGAUGGUGGUGAGUGCCUCCUGGGAGAGAGUGACGUCUCAUGGUGUCUACGGAAACAAGGCGACAGCUUCUCAGUGCGGCAUGGCGGGGUAGAGACCUCACUGUCGGUGCCGGAGCCUCCGCGGAGAGUCGGGGUCCAUCUGGACUGGGACGCGGGGCUGCUGACGUUUUACUGCGCCGACUCCAUGGCGCCAUUGCACUCGUUUCACCAAACCUUCACUCAGCCCCUACACCCUGGGCUGUGGCUGGGGUGGUGGGAUGAUGACGAUGAGUCAGUAACGAUUGUGGAUCUGAGUGGUGCGUCCUGAGAGAGAUGAACGUGAACAGAGCAGAGGGCAGACGCCACGACGCACGGCGCUCGCCACCCUCGUCACCGUUACGUGCAGUGCCACGCCCUUGGCUGGCUGGUGGCUGUCGGUGGCUAGGGGCUGCGUGGCUCUCCAUCACAACGGGGGGGCUGAGCGUAAACAAUCCUCACAACCUUCAUAGGGGGGGUGAUAAAAUAAGUACCGCUCUGUGUGUGUGUGAAGCCAACGUGGAUGUAUUCACCCUCCCAGAGGAGUGUGACUGUAGUGUAGGGGUGCAGUGAUUAUCAAUGGUGAACUAGGAUGUGUUUAUACACCGGUGGUGUCAUGGAUUGUG